AUGAGCUCCUAUUUUGUGAACUCAUUCUGCGGACGCUAUCCCAAUGGCGCGGACUUCCAGUUACAUAAUUAUGGAGACCAUAGUUCGGCAAACGAGCAAUACAGAGACUCCACGGCCAUGCAUUCCAGCAGGUACGGCUAUGGAUACAACGGGAUGGACCUGACAGUCGGCCGGGCCGGUACCGGACACUUUGUAGGCAGCGAGCGGACGCAGGGCUACUCCCCAAGCCACUCAGCGGCGGCGACACCCACAGUGGAGCAGGUCAGGUACACCCAGUCCGCCAGCAGCACUGGGACCUCUUCUCUUUCGCCUCCACCUGACCCGCUGCCGUGCUCCUCGGUCGCCAGCUCGUCACCCGCCACCGAGACUCAGCCUCAACAUCGAGCCGUGAAGAACUCUAUCACGACCUCGUGCUCAACCCCGUGCUCGAGCUCCAACGGAGGCUCGAUGCUGCUCAGCCGGGACUGUGUGUCCAAAGCGUCCCCCCUCGAAGAGGAGAAGCCUACGGGGAGCGCACCGACAACUCCUCAGAAUACCACCGACUCCUCACAGCCUCAGAUCUAUCCGUGGAUGAGAAAACUGCACAUAAAUCACGGUAUGAAAACUUCUCUUUUUAAUUAGCUUGUAUUGAUUUUAGAGACGUGGCGCGGUGGGUUGUUUGGGGAAGGAGUAACUAUGUUUAUAACCCCUUUUAGAGGCUUUUAAACUAUUUGUAACAGGCAAAAAUGUUAAAUUAUUUAAAGUUUCAUUAUUUUAGGAGACAGAAUCGUGGACUUUCCAAAAGGGGCAUGUGGCGCCGUGUGCGCCUCUCACCUGUUUGGUGUGUGAAAGCUGUUCAGUGUCAGCAGAGAGUAGGUAAAGGGGGUGAUUUUAGGACUAAACAUACGUAUCUUAAGUUUAGUGGUAGGGUGUAUGACUUUAAAUAUUAUGUUUUUUUGUUUUUAAUACUUUAUUGAUCAGGUCAGAACACACACCACAUUUUAUAGUGCAAAUUGCUCCUUAAAGGUGUGUAUUAUUGUUUAGUACCUUGUGUGUAAAUGUUCCAGGGAGCUAAGACACGGCGUUGAAAAUUAAAGUGAAGUACCAAGUUUUACACAGUUCUCACCUGUACGAACCAAACAGGCAAAAAUAUGCAAAAAUGUUGGAAAUUAGGGUUCAAACAGGUAUUCGCACCAACCCUUCUUAACAUUAUUCCCUCUCUUUACGCACAAGAUUUGGCCGGACCAGAGGGCAAGAGAGCCAGGACAGCAUACACCCGGUAUCAGACACUGGAGCUGGAGAAGGAGUUCCACUUCAACCGGUACCUGACCCGCAGGCGGAGGAUCGAGAUCGCCCACGCCCUCUGCCUCUCAGAGAGACAGAUCAAAAUCUGGUUUCAGAACCGCAGGAUGAAGUGGAAGAAGGACAACAAACUGAAGAGCAUGAACAUGGCGGCUGCAGGCGGGGGAGGCUAUAGGCCCUGA